CAAUGAAGUUGGUGAUGAACAAGAAAGGGUAUUGUUGAAGAAGAUGAAGAAGCAUUGCUAAAGAAGAAGCCAGUGGUUUUUUGGCGAUUCUUUGGAUUUGAGCUGUUUCAAUUUGAACUUGAGUUGGAUUAUCCCAGUUCAAGUUUAGCUCUCGAGCAUUAAACUGAGACUGAGUUGGCUCAGUUAGGAUCCGCUGAUCUAGCCCUAGCAAUAAGCCCUGUAACAACUUAAAUGUGGAAACUUCAAAGCAUCUAAUUUGUGGGUCCAUUUGUAAACGAAAGUCCACCUUUAAGAGGUGGGAAUCUUGCCUUAAAUGCUCGUCUGUAAGAGGCGAACAACCACACGCAACCACAAGUAACACUCAAAACUGUAGCCUGUGAUGUUAUUCCAACUGUAACUCAAAAUAAUGAAGAAGCCUCCAAAAUACAUUAAUCAACCCAUUUUUUGUUGAUAAACCAAUUAUAAUAAGAAGCGGUUGCUUUCAAAAUUAUAUCAGGAUUAGAUCCUGCAGAAUCAGUUUUCAUUGAAGAAUUCUCGCCAGAGAUACCCCACUUUGCAAACUACUGAUUUUUUAUCAACUUCUCUUCGUGUGAAUUCAUUCAAGGUCUAUGCUGAAAUGGGUUGCUUCUCAAAGUUCUUGUCACCUCCGAUUUUAUUCAUUUUCUUAUCACUAUUAUUGGCUCCUACAAGAACCCAUCUUCAAUCUAGUGAAGAAGGAUACAUCUCUGUAGUAGUAUCCGAUAGGGGUCUUGAUUUCGUUAAAAGUGUUCUGAUAAGCCAGGCUAUUUCCUCAAUAAUUCCACUCAAGCUGACAGAUAUCGAGAAGUCUAAGAAAAUCCCAGUUGUUGGGACAGUUCAAAUGGUUCUAUCCAAUAUCACAAUUUACAGUGUUAAUAUUAGUACUUCAUAUGCUAAAAUUGGAGAUACAGGCGUUGUUCUUGUUGCAUCAGGCGCUACUGCAAAAUUGAGUAUGAAUUGGAAGUACUCUUAUGGUACUUGGUUACUGCCAAUUGCUGUUUCUGAUAGUGGGAGUGCCUCUGUUCUGGUUGAAGGUAUGGAAGUGGGAGUUACCAUAGCUUUGGAGGAUCAAGGAGGAAUGAUUAAGCUUUGUCUCUUAGACUGUGGAAGCUCUGUAAAAGACAUCUCUAUAAAACUUGAUGGCGGAGCCUCUUGGCUUUAUCAAGUGGUAGUUGAAGCAUUUGGAGGGCAAAUAAGGUCUGCAAUUGCAGAUGCUAUUUCCAAGAAAACUAGAGAAGAGAUAACCAAGCUGGAUUCCUUACUGCAGUCACUCCCAAAAGAAAUCCCUGUUAAUAAUGUUGCAGCAUUGAAUGUUACUUUUGUCAGCAGUCCUGUGUUGAGAAAUUCUUCAGUUGAACUUGAGAUUAAUGGUCUAUUUUCUGCAUCAAGUGACACUAAAGUCCCAAACUACGACCACAAAGGACUACAGGCUUCUACUUACUGUAAUACUCCGGCUAAGAUGGUCGAAAUUGCCAUUCAUGAAAAUGUUCUCAAUUCUGCUGUGUUGGUGUACUUCAAUGCGAAUUAUAUGCACUGGCUUGUGGACAAAGUACCAGACCAGUUACUUCUGAACACUACUGGAUGGAGAUACAUUGUUCCUAAACUGUAUAAACUUUAUCCGAACGAUGAAAUGAAUCUGAAUCUAUCAGUUUCUUAUCCUCCAGUCAUAAAAAUUUUGAAGCAUGAUAUUGAUGUCAUCGUUUACUUAGAUGUGGUAAUCAAUGUUCUGGAUUCAAAUGAAGUUGUCCCAGUUGCAUGCAUCUCCUUGGUGAUAAGCACUUCAUUGACUCCAAAAAUCUUGGCAAAUAACCUCAUUGGUAGCAUCAGAUUGAUUAAUUUUAGUGCCUCCUUGAAGUGGAGCAACAUAGGAAAUCUUCAUAUGCAACUAGUUCAGUCUAUAAUGUCAACUCUGCUCAAAACUGUCUUCAUGCCAUAUGUGAACUUACGCCUCUUGAGAGGAUUUCCUUUGCCGAUCGUUCAUGGUUUUUCGCUUCAAAAUGCUGAAAUUUUCUGCAUUGAUUCAAGGGUUGUGAUCUGUAGUGAUGUAGCCUUCAAAGAACACAUUGAAUUCUAUCAGAAGCCAACUUACUACAGCUAGACAGCUUUAGGGUAUGUAAAUGUAAAAAACAGUGAAGUUGUGUCACUUUUUGUAAAUAACACUUCCGCAUAAGUUUUGCUAUUUUUCAAA